AUGAAAACCAAAACGGUUAAGGGAAAUUGGAGAUGGAAUUGGUGGACGAACAAGCUCGGCUUGCCUUUCGUCUUCCUUAUAUGCAUCUUCUUCUUUGUCGCUGGAUUCUUUGCUUCCAGUCUCUUCUCCCACUCUCAGGAACGUGAAUAUGAUCCGAGGCUGAUGCCGAGACCGAGAGCGAGGUUACUUGAAAAAUCGAUCGAGGAGGAGACGGAGUAUCAGUCGUUGCAAGCUGGAGAAUCCGGCGACGACUCCAUUACAUUGAUUCCUUUUCAGGUUUUGAGUUGGUACCCUCGCGCUCUGUAUUUUCCUAAUUUUGCGAGUGCACAACAAUGUGAAAGCAUAAUUGAAAUGGCAAGGGUAGGACUCAAGCCAUCAACAUUGGCUUUGCGCAAGGGAGAAACGGAGGAGAACACAAAGGGAAUCAGAACAAGCUAUGGUGUUUUUAUGAGUGCUACCGAGGAUGAAACGGGAACUUUAUAUGCCAUUGAGGAAAAAAUAGCCAAAGCAACAAAAAUUCCUAGGACUCAUGGAGAGGCAUUUAAUAUCCUACGCUAUGAGAUUGGACAGAAAUACAAUUCUCAUUAUGAUGCAUUUGAUUAUGCUGAAUAUGGUCCACAAAAGAGCCGAAGGGUAGCUUCAUUUUUGCUGUAUUUAAGUGAUGUUCCAGAAGGUGGGGAGACCAUGUUUCCGUUUGAGAAUGGAUUCAACAUGGACGGUAGCUAUGAUUUUGAGGACUGUAUUGGUUUAAAAGUAAGGCCACGCAAAGGGGAUGGGCUUCUAUUUUAUUCAUUAUUGCCUAAUGGUACAAUUGAUCAGACAUCACUCCACGGAAGCUGUCCCGUCAUAAAAGGAGAAAAAUGGGUGGCAACAAAGUGGAUAAGGGAUCAAAUACAAGACGACGAUUAA